GUCCCUUGGACACAGCGGAUCACCGAUCACGGAAAUAGCCGAAGAUGUCGGCUCGGUCAUGUGAUCAGCUGUGGCACUGAUGAUCAGUGUGCCCUGAUGAUCAGUGUAGCCCCAGCAGUGCCACCUGUCAGUGUCCAUCAGUGCCUUGUGUCAGUGCUCAUCAGUGCCUCGUGCCAGUGACCAUUAAUGCCACAUAUCAGUGCCUACCAGUGCACAUCAAUGCCACAGUGCCCAUCUGAGCUGCCUUUCAGUGUCACCCAUCAGUGCCAGUCAGUGCCACCUAUCAAUGCCAAUCAGUGCCACCUAUCAGUGCUGCCUAUCAGUGC